UAGGUACCAACGCCCCAAGUCUCACAAACUGAGGCUGUGUGCAAAUAUAGAGAAUAAAGGGGCAGUCUUUCAACAUUCAUCAUCUCCGAGACUGUACUAUAACAUGGCCGCCAAGAAACGUAGAACGAAAAGAAAGCAAGACCAUUCCGACCCAGCACCUAACUCUCUCACCGGCCUUCCUACCGAACUCCUCUCAAUCAUCAUCAGUCGCCUCGCAUCCAAAAAGGGACAUCUUUGCCCUUGCUUGUGUCUGUCGAAGACUCAAUGACGUUGCCAUGGCGCAGUGGUUGGGUCCCUCCGAAAGAAUAUCUCACACGAUACAGUCAAUUUUGCAACAUUUUCCUCGUAAACCUGCAAUCAUCGAAUCCAAAGCCACAGCUGUUUCCUCCUUUGCGGACCUCCGGCUAUGCGUCGUCACAAAGCCUCGUAUCCCGUCAAUGACCCUUAUGUUUGGCAAAGACUACGUAAAAGAAUACCGGGAAUUCUCUCGAUACAUCGACACGAUCCCCAGUGACCAAAAGCCGUCCCUUCACAUCAAGCUAUACAUUCGCGAAAUAAACUACACUCCCAUAAACGUCAAAGUAUUCAAUACCUUCUGCACGCGCCUUGUAGAUUACGGCGCUGUCACUUCAAUUUCAUCUUUCCGGGAAGCCUUAGAUCCGUGCAAGGACCUGGAUGUGAAAAGGCCGGGCCAACCUGUGUUCCACUCGCCCCCAUUCACGACUCUCACCGAAUUGCAUCUUGAUUUUGUAUCUAACCGCUUCGCCGAUUGGUUGCUUCGUUCAGCAGCAGCUUCUCCGAUCCGCGAGUUGUCCAUUUCCCAUGGUUUUCCAGGAGGGCGGAUCCACAUCCCUACCCUCCGCAAGUUAGAACUUCGCGAAGGCAGUACGACGACGUCUCGAAUGAUCCAAUUGCUAUCUGACAAGGCGCAUUCGUCUCUCAGCGAGCUUGUCGUUACUGGAGAGCCGUAUUGGGAGAUGCCUGUGAAAGGACGAAUGAUCCCUCUUCGCGCGAACGCAAUGCCCAGCCUCACUAGCCUCGCUUCCGAUUUCAAGGUUUUAAUCAAUCUUCUUGUCACACCGGAAGCAUUUCCGAAACUUGAACAGGUGAAAGUGUAUCACAUGGGUGGCAAAGACUCCAGUGUGGCAAAGGAUGCUGAAGAGCUUCUAGCCAGGAUAUCGCCUUUGCCUAGUGUGCAUUGCAUCACCUUUCCUGUCAGUGCGCUGGAACCGACGGACUGGGAUAAUCUCAGCGGAUGCCGGAAUUAUCUUGCCAAAUGUGAUAAAGUUGGUAGAUGCUCAGAGUUCCUCGUCUCACCCAGUGAUACUAUCUCAAGUUAGAAAGGUUUUCCCGAACAUUGUUGACGUUGAUACUUAAUCUUGAAUACAGUCCGAUAGAACCGGCGACGUGUCUGGAUAUCAUAAGAACGGAACGCUUUCCGAAGGGGACUGUAUAUCUUUCGAUGGGAUAUUAGUUCCCUUCAGCAAUACAAUCGUUUCUCCCGUCUUACUGUAGCGUUGCCCUGGAUCCUAGUCUUUGCCGCAUCGUGAUUU